AUCUUAGGAAAUGAACAUUUGACUUCAGUGUUGCUUCUGUAUUCAAAAGAUAAAGAAGCUUUUUGGCUUCUGGUUGCUGUAUGUGAAUGAAUGUUGCCUGAUUAUUUUAAUAAUCAAAUCAUCGGUGCCUUGGUAGAUCAGGCUGUCUUUGAAGAACUUAUCAGGGAUCACCUUCCCCAGCUGACAGAACACAUGACUAAUAUGACAUUCUUUUCCUCAGUUUCUCUCUCAUGGUUCCUCACAGUUUUUAUUAGUGUACUACCUGUUGAAAGUGCAGUGAAUGUGGUGGACUGUUUCUUCUAUGAUGGACUAAAGACUGUUUUACAACUGGUAUUGGCAAUACUUGAUAAUUUAGACAAACUGCUGGCAUGCAAAGAUGAUAUUGAAGAUAUGACAGCUUUAAACAGGUUCUUUGAGAGUAUCACUAAUAAGGAUAGCCCAUUGCCUUCAACAGUUCAGCAAAGUUCAAAUGGGAGUGAUGAAAAAAGAAGCAGAGUGGAUAUUAUAGAUUUGAUUAGGGAGUCAAAUGAGAAAUAUGGUAAUGUUCAUUGUGAAGAUAUACACAGCAUGCACUGUCAAAAUAGAUUGUAUUUGAUAUAGACCCAGGAGGAAAUGACAAAAGCAGAAUGUGCCCAAAUGAAAGAACAGAACAAAACUUCAGAAAGGGAACUAGAACUAAAACUUUUUUCGUAUUAUUGGUGUUUGAGUUGUCCAGUGUUGAGGCACCAUGACACCCAUCUGCCAUAUUUGCAACAGUAUCAGAUUAACUGCCAGCAGUUCAGAGUGUUAUAUUACUUGUUGAGUCCCUGGGCUACUUCUGCAAACAGAGACAAACUAACUUUAUGGACAUUCAGAUUGUUGGACAAAAACUCUGACUGCCUUAUAAACUUCAAAGAAUUCUCCUCUGCAAUUGACAUAAUGUACAAUGGAGGUUUUACUGAGAAGCUUAAACUACUUUUUAAGAUGUAUAUUCCUCCAGCUUAUGUUGAAGUGAAAUUCAAGGACCCUUCAAAGGGAGAUGAACUUUCUAAGGAAGUUUAUUUCAGUCAGCUCCAUGUUUCCACACCUGUACAUAAAAAGGAAGCAGAAUCAGUAAACAAAACAAAACAAAAAGGCAAAGGAAAAGUUGAUAUUCAAGGAUAUCUGAGUCAAUGGCAAGAUGCUUUCAUAAAAGAAGAAAACAUUAAGGAUUUACCAAGAAUGAAUCAGGAACAAUUUAUUCAGUUUUCAAAGACCCUUUAUAACUUAUUUCACAGGGACCCUGAAGAAGUUGUAACCAGCCUUUUGCUCAGAAUGGAAGAAAUUAGAAUACUUCAUAGCCCCGCAUCAUCAGCCAAAGGAUUCUCUUGUACUUCUGGAGGACAGAGUGAGGGGAAAACAGAGAGGUCCUUGGAGAAAGAUCCCUCCUCUAAGCUUAGGGAAGAGCCUUAGUGGUCAUUUGCAUUUGAAUAGAUUCUUGCUUCUUUGUUGAGUGAACCAGCAGUGGUGAGGUUUUUUGAGAAACCCACAGAUGUAAAAGCCAAACUAGAAAAUGCAAAAACCUCUCAGUUAAGUUUUAGAAGCAAGAUAUAA